AUGUCUGACCCAGUGAGAAAACUUGCCUUUUUGCUGUUUGCACUGGCGGCCGUGUGGGUUCAGCUCCACCAAGCCCAAAACAUCCCCAUCCGAUGCAGUUGCCCGGGGACAGUGAAAUUUGCACCCAACAUAACAGAUUUCGAGGUGAAGGAGAGGCGAUCGGGGUGUGACAAAACCGAACUGAUCGUCACAAUCGCUGUCGGCAACAACUCGACCAUUCAACGCUGCCUUGACCCCAUGGGGAAGUUGGCCAAAGCUUACUUCAGAUGCUGGGAAAAUAAAAACAAAAACGAAAGCCGUAAGCACGAGUGUAUCGAGCGAAAGAAGAAGACGGACCAGUGA